AUGGACCCUGGAAUUUCUCCUGUUACUCUUGGUGGCGAAAUGCCCACCGUGCAGGCAGUCCAACACCGUGCUCAAGACUUUUCCGAGAUCAGGAACUUACUCUCCGAAUUAAUUUCAGUUUCGAGAGAUCCUUGCCAAAGUCAACUACCUGGCCCGAGGCUCCAGGAGACCCAGCCAGCAGAGCGAGCCCACCCAGUACAGAGCCCGUUCAACUUCAAGAUCGAGGCCACACACAGGUGGCAUCUGCUAUUACCACAACCGCGUCAGCAACCAAUAGCGCCAGCCCCUGCCGCAAAAUUUAAACGGCUAGAGCUGCUGCCUGGCCGAGCCCCUUACAGCAACUUCGACGCCGCUCAUCACUUGAACGCCAGCCUGUGCCCUGAGAACUGUCUCCAUGUAACGGACUACAUCUCUGGCAUGCGUUUCCUGGUUGACAGCGGCUCAGUGGUUUCAACGCUGCCGUGCAUGGCGUCCGCUCCUACACAGCCGUAUCAUGGCCCCCCGCUUGCUGCUGCGAACGGAUCGCAGAUCAAAACGUUUGGUCGUCACCAAACCCAGAUCGAUCUAGAGCUUAACCGUAAGCUGAUCUGGUCGUUCAUACUGGCAGAUGUCAAGACGCCCAUUUUAGGCGCUGAUUUCCUGUCUUUCUUUGGACUUGUGUUGAACCUCAAGCGACACCGCCUCAUCGAUGAGUUCUCGCUACGACCGAUCCCGGGAGUCCUCAAAUCUGCAGAAGUGCACACCAUCUCAGUUCAACCCCCACAGCCGUCAGCUUCACCAGCGCACGACGAUACAGUGAAAUCGCUCAUUGCGCGCUUUCAGGACCGUUUUGCGGCCCAGGAUGACCUCAUCACCGGCCCGAAGGCCACAAAAAUUGCUGGGGACAAGCUCAAAGCCGCCAAAGUCGAGUUCAGUUUUCUACAGCAGUCGGGCAUCAUUAGGCCCUCUAGCAGCCCUUACGCAAGUCCGCUACACAUUGUCAAGGCUAGUUCUAGCAAGUAUCGUGUAACAGGGGACUAUCGGAACCUCAACGCGCAGACGGUACCGGAUAGAUACCCCAUUCUUCGCAUCAUCGACUUAUUACUACAGCUCCAUGGCAAACAAGUUUUUUCUACAAUCGAUCUCAAAAGAGCAUAUUUCCAAAUUCCGGUGGCAAAAGAAGACACUCUAAAGACAGCUAUUACUAUGCCCUUUAGACUCUUUGAAUUUCUAGGCAUUCCUCUUGGUCUGAAGAACGCUUCUCAGACUUUUCAGGGGUUCAUGCACAGCGUUGUAGGUCAUCUAGAUUUUACAACAGUCUACCUUGAUGAUGUUCUUGUUUCCUCCUCGAGCAUCGAAGAGCACCUGCAGCACCUUCAGGCGGUGUUCAAGGCUUUGCUUUCCAGCAAACUGCGCAUUAACUGGGACAAAUGCGUUUUCACAAAAAGGGAAGUCCUUUUUCUAGGAUUCAGCAUCAACGCUUUUGGCUUCAAGCCACCGGCGGAAAAAGUUAACGCAAUCGUCAAUUUCCCCAAACCGCAAACGUUCUGGGAACUCAAGCGCUUCCUAGGAGCCGUCAAUUAUUUCAGGCAUCACUUAAGCAUGCCGCUCGGCAUCAGGCGUUACUCAACGACCAACUUUGUGGAGCCAAAAAACAGGACAUGA